CUCGCCAGUCGUAAACACAACGCGUAUAAGUGAGUCGCAUUUCCGGUAACAAUGUCUGAGUUAAGUGAUAGGGAUCGGGCAGUUUUGAGGAGUAUAUUCGACCCGACGGCGACGAUCGCUGAUGUGGUCGAUGAUGGAGAUAAAUUCUGUGAUGAUGAUGAUGCAGAGAACUCACCCAGCUUUGAAGAGUCCAAGGCGUUAUGCGUGCAAGGCGUAAAGCUGGCUGAAGAAGGGAAACUAGAAGAUGCGCUAGAACUGAUGAGUACAGCUGUGCUGGCAGCUCCGGAGAGAGCCGGGGCGUACAACGACAGGGCGCAGUUAUUGAGGCUCAUGGCGAGAGAUGACGAUGCAAUGGCGGACAUAGACAGAGCAGUGGAGCUGAGCACGGGCACUCGGAGUCGUAGUCGAGCGCUGGCACUGUGUCAGCAGGGAGUGUUGCUGAGGAAAAGAGGGGCGGACGAAGACGCCAGGCGAGCGUUCUCCGAGGCUGCUGCACUUGGAAGCAGCUACGCUAGGAAACAGGUGGUAGAAAUGAACCCGUAUGCAGCACUGUGCAAUCAAAUGUUAAGUCAAGUUAUGAAGGGAGAAAACAUCAAGUUAUAAAGUUACUUACACUUCCACGGACACUUCAAAUAUAUUAGAUUUAAGUAUGUUCAAAGUUUGGGUUGGGAUUAAGAAAUAGAUAUAGGCUAUACGGUAAAUAUCCCGUUAUUUUAAUUAUAUUAUCUUUUUUCAAAACAAAACGAUACUUAUAACUUUAUGUAAUGUUCUUUUGACUCAUAAUAGAUAUUUUUGCUGUGAGUUUACCCAAAAUAGCUGGUAAUACACAACAAGUUUAUUGUGGUUUAUUUUUUAUAUUAUUUAUUGGAGAAAAUAAAUAUUAUAUUUUUUGGAACUCUGUG